UCAGAAACACUUCCUAGAAGCAGCAAGUACUGUAUGUUGCCUCAACCCUCCCUGAACUUUCCCAGUAAAUACAGCAGUCUGACAGCCCGGCAUCCCUGCUGGGUGGAUCCUGCAAAUCCAGGAGGGAAUGGCACUUCUUGUUUUUAAUUAGCAAAGGUGAAAGGUGAAUUAAAACUAGCUGUUUGGCAAGUCAGAGCAAGGGGCUGAGUUCUGAAGAGCACCAAGGAGGAGGGUUUUUUUUUUUUUCUUUCCUGAAUGAAUUGCCUUGCAGGAGAGACUGAAUACAGCUUCUUCCUGAAUCCACUGGCAGAGUUACUAAAGAGAGCUCAAGACACAACACUGCAGAAUAACGCCUUGGAAUGUCCUCGCAGUGUAUAAACAAUUGUCCUUGGGAGAGAAUAUUUGUCAGGACCUUUGCAAAGCCUGACACAUGGAAAUCUGAGAAACUGCAUUUCUCAUCGAGAUCCCCACCAACUGACCAGAGAAAGAUUUAACUGUCCUGAGAAGGCAGAAGUGGAACUUGCAGUUUAAAAAACCAAAAACAAAAACAAAUCAACCCUUAAGUAAAGAAGCACAAGAAUUUGCUCUUGGGCAGCAUGGUAUCUGCCAAGAACCUUUUAAUCCUGGCACUAUGUGGCUUGUUACUAGAGUUACCUACUGGAUGUCAUGCAACAGAUACAAGGCAGCCAAGGUUACGUCUGUCACAUAAAGAGCUCUGGGAUUUAAACAGGACAUCAAUCUUUCAUAGCCCAUUUGGAUAUCUUGGUCUUCAUGUAACACUACUGGAUGAAUAUCAAGAGCGACUGUUUGUGGGAGGAAGAGACCUUGUGUAUUCCCUCAGCUUAGACCGAGUCAGCGAGAACUACAGAGAGAUACACUGGCCUAGUACACCCCUGCAGGCAGAAGAAUGCAUAAUUAAAGGAAGGGAUGCUAAUGAAUGUGCAAAUUACAUCCGGGUCCUUCACCGUUACAACAGGACACACCUGCUGGCCUGUGGUACAGGGGCUUUUGAUCCCCUCUGCACUUUCAUCAGAGCUGGACAUCAAUCAGAGGAUCAUCUGUUUCAACUGGAAUCACACAAAUUUGAGAGAGGACGAGGCAGGUGUCCUUUUGACCCCAAUACCUCCUUCACCUCCACCUUAAUUGGGGGUGAGCUGUUUGCUGGCCUCUACAAUGACUAUUGGGGAAGAGAUGCUGCUAUCUUUCGUACUAUGGGUCGUAUGCCUCAUAUUCGAACUGAACCUGAUAAUGAACAUCUCUUGAAAGAACCAAAGUUUGUUGGUUCCUACAUGAUUCCUGACAAUGAAGACCAUGACGAUAAUAAAGUCUAUUUCUUCUUUACUGAAAAAGCAGUGGAAGCAGAGACUGGCACUCAUGCCAUUUAUACCAGAGUGGGCCGUAUGUGUGAGAAUGAUAUGGGAGGACAGCGAAUGCUGGUGAAUAAAUGGAGCACUUUCCUCAAAACCAGACUGAUCUGCUCUGUGCCAGGAAAGAAUGGAAUUGAUACACAUUUUGAUGAAUUAGAGGAUGUGUUUUUGCUACACACACGGGAUAGCAAAAAUCCAGUGAUAUUUGGACUCUUUAACACAACAAGCAAUAUAUUCAGAGGAUAUGCUAUAUGUGUCUACCAUAUAGCUAGUAUCCGAGCAGCUUUCAAUGGCCCAUAUGCUCAUAAAGAGGGACCUGAAUACCACUGGGCUCUUUACGAAGGAAAAGUACCCUAUCCCAGGCCCGGUUCGUGUGCCAGCAAAGUGAAUGGUGGUCUCUAUAGUACCACCAAAGACUAUCCUGACGAAGCUGUCCGUUUUGUGAGAAGCCAUCCACUGAUGUAUCAGCCUGUCCGGCCAGUUCAUAAAAGGCCAAUAUUGGUUAAAACAGAUGGGAAGUAUAAUCUCAAACAAAUAGCAGUGGACAGAGUGGAAGCUGAAGACGGACAAUAUGACGUCUUGUUUAUUGGCACAGAUAAUGGGAUUGUGUUGAAAGUCAUUACAAUUUACAACCAGGACACAGAAUCAAUGGAAGAAGUGAUUCUUGAAGAACUUCAAGUAUUCAAGGUGCCAGUUCCUAUUAUUUCUAUGGAAAUUUCUUCAAAGAGGCAACAACUCUAUGUUGGAUCCGAGUCUGGCGUGGUGCAAGUGAAGUUUCAUCAGUGUGACAUGUACGGCACAGCCUGCGCGGACUGCUGCCUAGCUAGGGAUCCAUACUGUGCUUGGGAUGGGAUAUCUUGCUCCCGAUACUACCCCACAGGAAUCCAGGCAAAGAGACGUUUCCGCAGACAAGAUGUUCGACAUGGAAAUGCAGCUCAGCAGUGCUUUGGCCAGCAAUUCAUUGGAGAAGCUCUGGAGAAGACGGAAGAGCGACUGGUCUAUGGAAUAGAGUAUAAUAGCACACUUCUGGAAUGUAUCCCUAGGACGUUACAAGCAAAGGUGAUCUGGUUUGUACAGCGAGCCCGUGACUCCAGAAAAGAAGAGGUAAAGACAGAUGACAGAAUAGUCAAAAUGGACCUUGGCCUCUUGUUCCUAAAACUGUACAGGAUGGACGCGGGAACAUAUUUCUGUCAGACAGUGGAACACAGCAUUGUUCAUACAAUCAGAAAAAUCACCCUGGAGGUGGUGGAAGAAGAACGUGUAGAUGAGAUGUUCAACAAAGACUAUGAGGAGGACGUCACUCAUAAAAUGCCAUGCCCAGUGCACAGCAGCAUCCCUCAAGCAUCAAAGCCAUGGUACAAAGAGUUUCUGCAGCUAAUAGGCUACAGCAACUUCCAGAGGGUUGAGGAGUAUUGUGAAAAGGUGUGGUGCACGGAUAAGAAGAGAAAAAAGCUAAAAAUGUCCCCAUCCAAGUGGAAGUAUGCCAACCCCCAGGAGAAGAAAGCACGCAGGUCAGACCAUUACCGCCUCCCCAGGAACACUGCUGACUCUUGAUGGACAAAAUCUAUUCACUGUUUCUCAGAGAAUUUUUAUUUGGACCUAAGGGAUAAGGGGAAAUAAAUCUUGGUUUUGGGUAACUGAAACAGGUUUAUAUAUAAAAGAAAUAAUAGGACUGAAAACAGAAGAGUAUUAUGGUAAGUUAUAGCUUACAUUCAUGAUGACUGUUCAGAAGCAUUUAAAAAAAAUCUGCUUAAGUAGCUGUUUCUAAAUAGGUCAUUGCAUACAGAGUUUUUCUUUUCAGGACAACUUCAUAUUUUUGAGUGCUUUAAUGAGUUUCCCAUACAGACUAUGUUUAUGCUGUGUAUUGUUGCAUAUUAUGGGGAUAUUGAAGUCAACUCAAAUAGCUGCACAUUGACAAGCAAAAGACAAAAAUGUGAUAUUUUGUUUCGUACGUUUUCACAAAUUUCUGAUUGCUUCUAAAAGCAGCACAUCAUAAAACCUUAGUUUUCCCCUGUGGCCUGCUUCAAUUCAAAAGAUACAGGUUUUCAUAGUGUGGUGUACUGCUAUUUCUAAAGAGGCUGAAGGGACCUUCCCUUUUACUUCUCAUUGGUACUUGUCUUUGCCAGUCAUUUACAAAGCACAGUGUACUCCUAUCACAGCUAAGUAGUAUUGCCAUGUAACUCAGUGUAUGUCAAAUGCAUGCACAGAUCACAAAUGGAAUGACAUUUUUCAGUGUAACUCUGUAAGAAGUGGACAGAUAAUGGUUUAGCCAGAGUAUAAGUCACAGUCAUAAUGCUGGACAAGUGGCUCAAUAACUGACAGGUUUACAGGACUGCCCUGCUCUGAUAAAAAGAAGUCAUUUCCUUGUUGUGUUGUAUAUUUUCUCUAGAAAUGUAUGUACUGAAGCAUACCUACCUCCUCCCAAUAAACAAUACGUGUAUUUCCAGCAUGUAAAUAAAUUCUGCAUGUGCUGAAAUCACAAGUGUUUAGAAGGCAGAGAUGUAAGCUACUUGCAUUGGAAAGACAGCAUUCAAAGAUAGAAUGAAUAAGGCAGAAAGUGUCAUGUGUUUUGGUGUAGCAGGCACUCAUAAAACAGAAUGGUAGGUAAAAAUAUCACAAGCAGUGUGCCUAUAUAACAUUCCUAUAGUAUUUCCCUAGUUUCUUGGUUUGAUUCAAGGAAUUCUUAACCUGGUAGGUGAUCUCCUCUCAGCAUGGCUAUUGCUAAGAAACUCAUAGCUGCACUUGUGAAUACUGGGAAAACUAUGGGGAGAAAGUUCGAAAGAACCCGGGCAUCUGAGUAGCAUUGAAAAGUUAUACAAAGUUUUAAGUGCAAUUCCCAUAUUCUUCUUGAAUAUAUAAAGUACCUUGAAGCAUGAAUCACUUGAGAAGUUGGGAUAAAAAGAUAUACUAAACCUAUAGUUGUCUUUAGAAAAAAAAAAAAGGAUUCACAAAUGAUAUUGCUGGAAUAGUCAAGCUGAGCAUGAUUUCUGCGAGGUGCUAUUCCAUCUGCUGAGAUGGGCUGUAAUUAAGUUAAUGAUUAUUGACUAAACCAUUGUGUUGUCAUACCAGAUAGACCCACUGAUCCAAUCAAAAUCUUACCCAGCAUUGAUGAAUAGCUGGACCCACUUCAGUUUGCUGGCAUGUCUCCAUUUUUGUUGUAUAUUCUUCUGGGAUGUUCCGAGCAGGAAAAAUGGUUCAUGUCCAGUGCUGACUUCUAAGCGGGAAACAGAGUCUGGGAUUAAUAGGAGUUAGUAUUCUAAGUGGUAUAGAUUUGUUAUUAACCUAGCAAUCCACUGGAGGUCAUUACUGUCCACUCCAGUGUCUUUAAAUCAUUCUGUAUGUGGAAUGAACAAAACACUAUGUCUGAGAGAAGGUACCUGCUCCUGGGAUCAGUCUAAUGCCAGCUGCAGAGUGAGCUCGGCUAGGAUCUUAUCUCUUCAAAAGCAUCAUUUUCUGAGAGCAGAAGGUAUCCACUGUUCAAAAAGAUACUCUGUGCAACCUGCCAGCAAACAGAAGCAGAAGGGAAAAGAGGAUAUCAUCUUAUGUCAUUUAAAGAGACAGAUAAACCUCUCUAGCUUCUAGUUAGUUUAAGUAGGAGACACGCUUAUCUGCAUUGUGUAUAGCUAGAGUGUCUGUCUCACUGGUCCAAUGGCAACACAAUGCAAGAGGUCAGAGCUCUGGAUUGUGCUCCCUUAACCAACAGAAGCUCCCAGCAUUAUGGAAAAGGCAUGAGCAGCCCCUGUGGGGAAUAAGGAGCAUCUUGUAACUCACUCAGUUGUGGAUUUUUCCAUCUGGUGCAAGUGCCCGAUUCAGGAAUCCCUAGAUAAAUUUGGCCAUCAGUGCCAGUUUGGGUUUAAAGAAGCUUAGUUCCAUUUAGGACAUAUCUAUUCUCUGCCUACAUAAAUCAUCCUAGCAUUGAGCUAUAGGGCAUAAGGGAAGAUAACGUAUGUGCUUGCAGGUAUUUUUGUCUGCUAAUUCUGUUUAAACAAUGAGGUAAGCAAAAUCAGACUGGCAUUGUGCAUUCUUAGAUUCCCCCAAGUAGCUCGUGCUUGCAACAUCACUGGAGUCUUCUGAGGGGGUUGUACAAAUGAUCUCAAGCAAUUUUAACAUGAUGUUGAACCAACCUUCACUCUUAAUGUCUAGAGCAGUGGUGUCAAACUCAUCUAGCCCCACAGGCCAGUCAAUGGGCUACAUGAAUGGCAAAGGGCCAGGCCUGUGGGCCAGAUCACCAGACCACCCUCACCAUGCCCCUCCACCUCUGCCCCUGUGCCCAGUGCACCCCAUGUAAUGUCCGCCCCAACUGGUCCAGAUCACACAGCACCUGUUUUGGCUAGAUCAAGACUGCAUCAUGUGACACCCAUGCAGGGCUGGUCCAGGACGUGUGUGCCAUGCCUGCUCUGGCUAGUCUGGGAUCUGGGCUGCAUGCACCAGCCACCCUGGAUUGGGCAGGGUGGGUGCUGUGGGCAGCAAGUAUCUCAGACUAGCUGGAGCAUGUGUAUAUGCAGCAUGUGUCUUGGACCAUCUGAGGGAAGUGUCAUGUGCUGCACACAUGCCAGACAAGCUGAGAUAGGUGCUAUAUAUAGCAUGGUUCUCCGACUGGCCGGAGCAGAUGCCACGUGCAACACAUGUCCUGGCUUGGCCAGGGGGGAUGCCAUGUGCAGCGUGAGUCCUGGGCUGGCUAAAGCAUGUGCUGUUUGCGGCACAUGUCCUGAGUCCUACACAAGAGGCCGCUCCACUGCACAUCAACUCUGGACCCAUGGGCUGGACGAUGGGGCUCCACAGGCCAUAUCUUUGACACCCUUGAUCUAGAUAAAUAAAGAAUAAUAGGUGAGAUCUCAGGGGUUAGUAGGAAACAAAUUAUCCCUGCCAUCAGAAGUCACCAAACAUAACAUCACUGAGAUCUUUAAAGGGAAGAAUAAUAUCCAGAGGGGUUGGGAUUGUUGGGGAGAGUAUAGUGGCUUUCACAGCAGAAAAGAAAGAGAUCUGUGUUACAGUAUUAGAAGAGGGUUUCUUAUUCACAUUGCUGGCCACUGACAGCCACCAGGACUCUCUUAAAUUCUCUGGGACCCAUAACAGCACAAACUGGGUAGCCAUAGCAGAUCUCCUCUGGUCUAGGUCUGAACUGAAAAGUUGUAGAAUGUAUUGUUUGCUCCACUAAUGAGGAACUGUAGCAUCUACUGAUAAUCAAGAAUAAUGCUGGUUGAAUCUUUAUUUCUUCUAGUAAUAAAUAUGUUGUCAAAUGGUCCUGUGCUAAGGACUAAUGUCCUAGCAUUUAGAGACGAGCUUAACAGAGCUUUAGCCUGAGGGAAAUAACACAGUUGCAUGUAUAAUUUUCCCAGAUAAUAGAUGGCAAUGAGGUGGUUCCUAUAUAGAAUUCCUGUUUCAUAAGUUUUUAGUUUGCAGGAGCAAGUCUGGGGAUCUUUAAGCCUUCAUCAUUACCAGUGACUUAUGAAAGUAUAAACUCUUGCUUAAAAUUGAAUAUGAUGCCUGAGAAAGAAAAGCAAGAAUACCAAUUGUGUAUUUGAGUCAGGUAAGCACAGAGGUUCUUAUAUUGCAGGCAACGUUAUUUAAAAUGCUUCUUUGUGUAUAUAUGGGGGCAUUGUCUGUUGUUUUCAUUAUGAAUUUGAUGUAUUUUGUAUGUGCAUGAAGUUGCCUGAUUAUAUAAUGAAGUACAAUAUUUGUUGAUCUGA